GCCCUCCCCAAUUUUGAGAAGCUGCUUCUUGUGGAUCACACUCAACCCAACUAGUCUACAUGAGAAUUACAAAUAGAGAAUCCUGCCCGAAGAUACGCCUGAAACUUCCGAUAUGGCCAGUGCCCGGAAAAUGCCGUCGGUGCCGGAGGUGGCGCUGCAACUUCCGGAGACCACGAAGGUGGCGGCGACGGCGUCCGAGAGUGGCAAGAUUAGUGGACCUAUGGAGCCGCCGGAGCGAAACUUCGGACGUCUGAGAGCUGAUUUGUAUCAGUUGGUGCUGAGGCUGCUUUGUAUCGCUACGUCGGCGACGGCGGUGGCGUUGAUGGUUACGGCGAAGGAGGCUAGCACUGUUUCCAUUUACGGAUUUGAACUUCCCGUUCACUCCAAGUGGUCGUUCUCGGACGCAUUCGAGUAUCUUGUUGGGGUCUCGGGGACUGCCGCGGCCUACUCUUUGCUGCAGCUGCUCGUUACUGCUUCCAAGCUUUUCAGGAAGUCCCCAGUGCAUUGCUCCAGAAGCCAGGCCUGGCUUAUUUUUGCUGUUGAUCAGGCGUUGGCAUAUGCGCUGAUGAGUGCUGGGUCAGCUGCAGCUGGGAUCUCAAAUCUGAAUCGCACUGGCAUUCGGCACAUAACUCUGCCUAAUUUCUGCAAGCCAUUGCAAAGCUUCUGUAACCACGUUGCCAUUUCUAUUGCCUUCACAUUCUUUACCUGCUUCCUGCUCACCACUUCCGCCAUUCAAUGCGCUAUUUGGCUCUCCAGAAACUGAAUCCUCCCCACCACCACCACCACCACCAAAGGAAACACAACUUUCUGUAAAAAAAUGCUGCUCCUCUCUCUGGUUCCAUGGAGUGUCCUUGAAUCCAAAGAAACUUGUACCUUGUAGGGCUAUAUAUACAUGGCAUGGGAGGAUGAGAAUCCACUGUUGUCUUUUUAGCUGAGAUUGUUCAUUUAGGUGACUAUUAACUUUAAUAGUCAUAUGGUGUACUAUUAACUUUGAUCCCAAUAGAGUUUUAGAAGAAUGAGAUUGGUUUGGAACUCGUUGUCUAAAGUAUUUUUAGAGGAAUAAUAUAUAGGUGCUUACGGGUGGAGUAGAUAUAUCUUCGU